AUGAGCAACCAUACCCAAGAAGGUAAAGACCAAAAAGCAACCAUAGAAGAAAUUUUUGGUUCUGAUUUUGAGGAAUCGGAAGAGGAAGAAGAACGCCAAGUGCAAGAGGAAGCUCAGUCAUCAUCCGAUAAAGAAAAUGAAGUGGUGAUUGAGAGAAGACAAACAAGACAUAGUGAAUUAAAAGAAAAAGAAAGAUUGGAAGAAGAACAACGAAAUUUGCAAAAUCAAAUUUUACGUUCACAAGCGGAAUUGUGUGAAUCGUUGUUCUAUAAUUACGAGAGCGAUGAUAAUGAUAAUAGUAAGCCUGUUUUGGAAAUUGAACAUAAGCCAAGACCAACUCCAAAGCAUAUCAACGAAUUAUAUUUCCUACGUACACCUGUUCAGUUUAACACUGAUGAAAAAGAAUAUUCUGAAGAUACUCAGCUAUCCAAGAAUGAUUUGUACACAAUUCGUUGGAGGAGGAAUGAGGAAACUGGUGAAUUAGAGAGCAAUACUCGUGUUGUACAGUAUGCAGAUGGAACUUACCAAGUAUUUGUUGGAAAUGAGGUCAUUCUCCAUUUAGAAGCUAAAGCAUUUCAAAAUUGGAGUAACUUACAUUUGUUUGAAAAAGUUAACCCAUUUUGCUAUUAUGGACAUGGUAUUUUCACACAUAGGCUCAACACAAAGGCUACCUCAACACAAACAAAAGGAAGAGACAUUGCUCUUCAAAUCAGUAAGGUAAACGCAAGUGCAAAAAAGAAAAAGACCGUAUUGACAAUGAAACGACCUGAAUCGGAAGAAAACAAAAAGGUGAUGGAAGAGGCACUAAAUAUUAAGAAAAAACAACAAAAGAAACAACAACAAUAUCAACAAAACUUAACCCUAGCAAAUGCUUCUCUAGAAGAAGGAGCAGAGUCUUCUUCUGAUGAAGAGGGUAACGUUAGAAAAAUUAAAAGAAACACUCUAAGAAAGUCCAGUAACAAGAGAAGGUCAUACGAAGAAGAAGAAGAAAGUGCUGACAGUGCCGAGAGUGAAGAAGAAUAUGAAGAAUCAAGCGAAGAAGAAUCAACUUCAAAGAGAAGAAAAUAA